UCUGGCGUAAGAUACAAUCAGACGGCUCGAAAUGUGGUUCCUGCUCCUGGCACAAGUCAAUCAUCCGGACCGCUUGCGCAUGUACCAGGGGCGCCGCAUCCAGCCCACGCCCCUACAGGCCAGUCGAAUGUUGCCGGAGUUCCCUCAGCCGGGCCUGCAGCUGGACACCAUCUGGUCGCCGGCCACCAGCUUACAAUGGCAAAGUUAGCCUCGCUCACGGAGGACUCGCAGCGUGACGUCCUUGGAAAUCGGCUUUUUCCAUUGGUUUACAAUUAUAGUCCAGAAAAUGCUUCAAAGCUUACUGGAAUGUUGCUGGAAAUGGACAGUGCUGAGGUCAUUCAUGUGCUUGAGUCAGAACAGGCUCUUAAGGAUAAGCUGGACGAAGCCAUGGCUAUGAUUCAAGCUCGUGCCAACGCCAGCCAAAAAGCUUCGGCUCCGAGCGAGACGGCAGGUGCAGGUGGGGACAGCUCAAAGGCUACAAAUGCCGGGCCCACUACUUCCUCGAUUUUGGCUGCUGCGGGAACUGGUGGAUCUGCAACGGCUGGCGGCAGCAAGGAAACCGCAGCACCAAGUUGUAUUGCCGCUGCCGGGAAGACUGGGAAACAGACAGAAGCCAAAUAG